UUGAAACACAAUUAAUCAAUGAAACAUCAGGUGUUCUAUCAGCAGAAGAAGUUGCAAGAAAAAUAAUAAAAUCAACUCAAAAUGGUUCAUUUUCAUGUUGGUUUGGUAUUAAUGGAUUUUUAUUAGAAUGUUUAACAAGUGGUGCUCAACCAAUAACAAGUACAUUAGAACUUAUAUCACAAUCUUUAACUGUUGGUUUAGCACGAUUGGUUAUUGUUGGAUUAUUAAAUACAUUUUAUAGCAUUACAAAAAAUAAAAAUUUAAUAAAAACAAAGACAAAUUGA